AAAGCAAAUCUUUACUGGGAGAUCAGAAGGUACUUUACUCUUGAACAGACGCUCCUUACCUGGAGCUCCAGCCUGAGAUAUGAGGUUUUCUCUCUGGCCGGUUGCUUUGUAUGCUUCGGUCCUUCUGUCAUUUCUGAGUCAAUGUGCAAUAGCAGUGGAGAGACACUACUACAUUGCUGCAGUUAUCAUUAAUUGGGAUUAUACAACAAAUGGAUCACAAAGCAUUGGUCCCAUCUAUAAAAAGACAGUGUACAGGGAAUAUGACCCACAUUUCAAAAAUGCCAAAACAACUCCAUGGUCAGGGCUGCUGGGACCCACACUCCGUGGCCAAGUUGGUGACACCAUAAUUGUCACAUUCAGGAACAUGGCGGAUCAUCCCUGUAGUAUCCAUGCACAUGGCAUUGCUUAUGGAAAACAGUCUGAAGGAUCACUGUACUUUGACAACACGUCCCAGUUUGAGAAAGAGGAUGAUGUCAUAGAUCCUGGCAAAGAACAUACAUACUAUUGGGAGGUAACUAAAGAGGUGGCCCCACAGGAUGCAGAUCCCCCAUGUGUCACAUAUACUUAUUUCUCACAUAAUGAUAUUGUCAAGGACUACAACACGGGCCUGAUUGGUACUCUGCUAAUUUGUAAAACUGACAGCCUUGAUGAGUCUGGAAACCAGGUUCAUUUCCAUCAGGAGUUCACACUGUUGUUUGGGGUGUUUGAUGAGAGCAACACCUGGUACAGCACAGGGGUUGCACCACUCAAAGAGAAUGUGAAAUACACAAUCAACGGUUUCACAAAUGGCUCUAUACCUCAUCUUAAUGUGUGUGCACAUUCCAAAGUAACCUGGCACUUAGUUGGUAUGAGUUCUGAGCCAGAGCUUUUUUCUGUGCACUUCAAUGGCCAGGUUCUACAGCAGAAUGGACACAAGGUGUCUUCAAUUGGCAUUAUCAGUGGUACAGCUACCAGUGCAGAGAUGGUGGCCAUCUACCCUGGUCGCUGGCUUCUGUCUUCUCAUGUUAGCAAACACUUGGAAGCUGGGAUGCAUGGCUUUCUGAACAUUAAUAAAUGUGAAGAGUUUAAUGCACCGAAGCGAAGGCUUACCAUUCAGCAAAAACGAGAGAGUCAAGAAUGGGUUUACUACAUUGCAGCUGAGGAGAUCACUUGGGAUUAUGCUCCAAAUUUGCCAGAUAAUGUGGACAGGGAUUUUCGGUCCACUUACUUAAAACAGGGUGCAGGGCGGAUUGGUAAGAAAUAUAAAAAAGCUGUGUUCACUCAGUAUACGGAUGAAUCAUUUAAUGAAAGGGCAGAAGAUAAGCAAAGAAAAAGGGAGUUGGGAAUUCUUGGUCCUGUGAUCAGAGCACAGAUCAGAGACAUAAUAAAGGUUGUGUUCAAAAACAAAGCAUCACGUCCAUACAGCAUUUAUCCUCAUGGAUUAACCAUCGAUAAAGCAUCAGAGGGAGUUAAUUACCCUGACGGAGGGAACCAGACCCAUGCAGUGCAACCAGGGGAGACCUACACAUAUGUGUGGCGAGUCAUUGAGGAGGACGAGCCAUUAAAUAGUGAUUCAAGGUGUCUCACCAGGAUGUAUCAUAGUGCGGUGAACACUCCACGAGACAUUGCCUCGGGUCUUGUUGGGCCACUUCUCAUCUGCAAAAGCCAGUCCCUCAGUACCAGGAAUGUCCAGCUGAGGGCAGACAAGGAGCAGCAUGCUAUGUUUGCAGUGUUUGAUGAAAACAAGAGUUGGUACCUAAAUGAGAACAUCCUCACAUUCUGUGGAGACCCAAAAACUGUAAAACCAGACGAUCCAGACUUCUAUAAAUCAAACGUUAUGCACACAAUUAAUGGUUAUGUAUAUGAAAGUGGCCAAGUCCUGGGGUUUUGCAAUGGUGAGAUUGUAACUUGGCAUGUGUCUAGUGUUGGGGAACAAGAUGACAUCCAAACAGCCACAUUUUAUGGACAUACAUUUGAACUGAACAACAGAGAGGAGGACAUCCUCAGUCUGUUCCCCAUGACAGGAGAGACGAUUUCCAUGAACAUGGCUAAUGUUGGAGUUUGGCUAAUGGCAUCACUGAACACACAUGAGACCCAAAAAGGAUUACGUGUGAAGUUUAGGGAUGUUGAAUGCUUUAGGGAUUACAUUGUGGAAGAACGUUACAAUUACGAUGAUGAUGAUGUAAAAGAGGAAUUUGAAGUGUGGAAACCCACAACCACCGAGACAGUAAUAAAAAAAGAAUCCAAUCUAAAGCAAACCACAGUUGAUGAUACUGAUUCAUACAGCGAUUAUUAUGCAACAGCUCUUGGCAUAAGGUCACAGAAGAACAAAGGAGAGAAUGAUAUGGAACUAUUAGACUUUUCUAUGUUGGAUACUGAGGAUGAUAAGCUGCUUUCCACUGAUGUGAUCCAAAACAUAACCAAUUUCGGUUUGGAGCUUGAUGAUAAAAACCUUACAAUAACAGCUGUUCAAAAUGAAAGCACAACAGAGCCAUCAAUCAAAUUAGCUCUGGAAUCAGUACCAGCUAACUCCAGAAUAAAUGGAACUAACCAUUCACCACUAAUCACCACUCAUCCCAGUAACAGUUCACUUCUACAAAAUUUUGAGAGAGAAAUCACCUCAGAAAACAGACAAAACACAUCAUUAACAGAAGAGAUAAAGCUAUUGCUAUCAACUCAAACAUCAAAGACUCAUAAAGAGAAUGUGACAGAGGCACAGACCCUAGACUUGGUGCGUGACUCUGUGGAGUUGGUAGAGGACAAUGACAGGUCAAGGGAGAACAUAUUUAUUUACAGUGUACCUGCUCUUAACUCUCAUAUUAGUAUUACAGAUGAUGAUAUGAAAGAGUAUGUACUACUGAAUCAUGAUAAACAGAUAGAAACAAAUAUCCAUGACCAUUUAGUUGAGUAUAGCAUCACAUCUACAGAGCAGCCAAACAGCAUUGUGGAACUGCUGGGCAAUACCACUCAAACAACAGAGCCUGAGGAUAACCAAGAAUUAAAUCAUACAGAGAUCAAUUCAGAAUCAUUAUUUGAAAUGAGUCAAGAUCUGAAUAACCCCAAAGUGGUCUCAGAUGUUACACAGAAGACCAUUCAAGCAUUGAAUAGCACCCAAGUGGAGUACGAACUUUCAGUACAGGAAGAUAAAAAAUUAAACGGCAGCGAAGUGGAGUACGAAGUUUCAGUACAGGAAGCUGAAGAAAUAAAUGGCACCAAAGUGGAAUACAAACUUUCAGUACAGGAAGCUGAAGAAAUAAAUGGCACCAAAGUGGAAUAUGAACUUUCAAUACAGGAAGAUAAAGAAUUAAAUGGCACUGAAGUGGAGUGCAAAGUUUCAAUACAGGAAGAUAAAGAAUUAAAUGGCACUGAAGUGGAGUGCGAAGUUUCAGUACAGGAAGAUAAAGAAUUAAAUGGCACUGAAGUGGAGUACGAAGUUUCAGUAAAGGAAGCUGAAGAAAUAAAUGGCACCAAAGUGGAAUAUGAACUUUCAAUACAGGAAGAUAAAGAAUUAAAUGGCACUGAAGUGGAAUACGAACUUUCAAUACAGGAAGAUAAAGAAUUAAAUGGCACCGAAGUGGAAUACGAACUUUCAGUACAGGAAGAAAAAGAAUUAAAUGGCACUGAAGUGGAAUACGAACUUUCAGUACAGGAAGAAAAAGAAUUAAAUGGCACUGAAGUGGAAUACGAACUUUCAAUACAGGAAGAAAAAGAAUUAAAUGGCACUGAAGUGGAAUACGAACUUUCAGUACAGGAAGAAAAAGAAUUAAAUGACACUGAAGUGGAAUACGAACUUUCAGUACAGGAAGAAAAAGAAUUAAAUGGCACUGAAGUGGAAUACGAACUUUCAGUACAGGAAGAAAAAGAAUUAAAUGGCACUGAAGUGGAAUACGAACUUUCAGUACAGGAAGAAAAAGAAUUAAAUGGCACUGAAGUGGAAUACGAACCUUCAGUAACGGAAGAGGUUAUACCAAACAUUGAAACUAAUCUUAAUGAAGUGGUUAUUUAUCUAAAGGACAGCAACAACACUAUGGUCAUUCUCACCACACCUUUGGAUACACAAGCAAAGAACUGGAGCUAUGAAGGUAAACAUGAGUUGGUGCAAAUGGAGUUCCCAGAUCACAUGAACAAAUAUAUAACAGACAAGCAACCAAACAGUGUAAAAGAAAAGGAGAAAAAAAUAUCUCUACAAAGGGUGAAACCGAUGAAAGGGUAUGGUAUGAAGACAAAAAAGAGAAAGGAUUACAAACCGCAAGCUCGUAGUGCCCUCUCUCCAAAAUUCUUCUCUCCAAGGGGUUUUGCGCCUUCUCAUGUUGAAGAAGAAAUUAUCCCCAAAGCUAUAGUUAUAGGCAAUCCCAGGAAUGACUUCAAUGAAUAUGAAAUAUAUGUUCCUCAUGGCCAGAAGGAUUUUGAUUUUGAGAACCCCUCUGAUUACAAAGAAGAAUAUGAAUAUGUUGAAUACAGAGACCCAUAUGGAAAACCACCUCAAACAGAAACUGACGUACUCGAUGAAGUAUCUAAAUAUUCCUUGCAAAUGGCUGGCAGCAAGUCCAGGGUCUACUUCAUUACUGCUGAAGAAGUUAACUGGGAUUACGCAGGCUAUGGACAAAAGAGGGAAGACAAAGCCUCAGUGAAGGAGAGGCCGAAGCUGUUCAAGAAAGUGCUGUUCAGGUCAUAUUUGGACAGCUCAUUUACAACACCAGACAUACGUGGAGAAGUCGAUGAGCAUCUUGGCAUCAUGGGUCCAGUCAUUAAAGCUGAAGUUGAUGAAACAAUAUAUGUAGUGUUCAGGAAUCUUGCCAGUCGCCCAUACUCAUUGCAUGCAAAUGGAGUAUCAUAUAGCAAAAAUAUGGAGGGGCUGAUUUACGAAGAUAACUCACCUUACUGGUACAAGCAUGAUGAUGAAGUUCAACCCAAUAAAACUUUCACAUAUAUUUGGACAGUAAAUGACAAAGUGGGGCCAUCAAAUGGUGAAUCUGGCUGCCGAAUAUGGACCUACUAUUCUGGCGUAAAUCCUGAGAGAGACAUCCAUUCUGGACUGAUUGGGCCGCUUCUGGUUUGUGGAAAGGGCACUCUGGCUAAAAAUCCAGUAGACACACAAGAUUUUAUGUUACUUUUUAUGACGUUUGAUGAGAACAAGAGCUGGUACUAUGAGCAAAACUUGGAGAUUCUCAAGAAAACAAACAGAAAAGCAACUCUGGAUCCCAAUUUUAAUAACAAUAUCAAAUUUCAUGCGAUCAAUGGAAUUAUAUACAGUCUUAAAGGACUUCGCAUGUAUGCUGAACAGCUGGUAAAUUGGCAUCUUAUAAACAUGGGCUCUCCAAAAGACAUCCACAGUAUUCACUUUCAUGGCCAAACCUUCCUUAAUAAACAUAAUGACCCCCAUCGUCAUGGAGUAUAUCCACUUUUACCAGGAAGAUUUGCAACUCUGCAGAUGUGGCCCUCGAAGCCAGGGCUUUGGAUGUUGGAAUCUGAGGUUGGAAUUUCCCAGCAGAGAGGGAUGCAGACCCUAUUUUUAGUGUUAGACAAUGUAUGUGACCACCCUCUUGGUCUGAGUUCUGGAGCUGUUAAAGACAGCCAAAUAACAGCAUCCAAUUCUAGAGGCUACUGGCUUCCCAAUUUGGCCAGACUGCACAAUUCAGGAAAAUAUAAUGCAUGGAGUGCAACAAAGCCAGAUGAGUGGAUACAGGUAGACUUCCAGCGGCCAGUGGUGAUCAGUAAAAUAGCCACACAGGGAGCCAAACAAAUCUUCACCUCUCACUAUGUUCUGAACUACACAAUCUUCUACAGUACAGACCGCAAAAGAUGGAGUUGGUACAAAGGAGACAGCAAAACUUCGAGAAAGACGUUUGAAGGCAAUAGAGAAGCCCAUGAAGUGAAGGAGAAUAUAUUCUUCCCACCUAUUAUUAGUCGAUAUGUGAGGCUUUACCCCUCACAUUCAUAUAAUUAUCCAACAGUUCGCAUGGAGUUCUAUGGAUGUGAGUUAGAUGGGUGUUCAGUACCCUUGGGAAUGCAGAGUGGAUAUAUAAAUGAUCAUCAGAUCACAGCCAGUUCUGUUGCUACCAGCUGGUAUUCUGGCUCAUGGCAGCCUUGGUUGGCCCGUCUUGAUAAACAAGGAUCACUCAAUGCUUGGCAAGCCAAGAGUAAUGAUAAUCAUCCAUGGAUCCAGAUAGAAUUAAAGGAGGUCAAGAAAAUCUCUGGAAUUGUUACCCAGGGAGCGAAGUCACUGAAGACAGAGAUGUUUGUAACCACUUAUGUUUUAGAGUACAGUGAUGAUGGCAAGAAAUGGACCAAGUACUCAGAUAAUGAAGACUAUGAAAUAAAGACAUUCAUGGGAAACUCUGAUAACAACAGCCAUGUGAAAAAUUAUAUCUACCCUCCAAUAUUCUCCAAAUUUAUCAGAAUUAUACCUACAAAAUGGCAGAAUGCUGCCACCAUGAGGAUUGAACUACUGGGAUGUGAUUUUGAAUAAUGACCAUUCAUCUUUGUUCCAUCCUUCUGUGCUAAGUCCACGUAUUUUGAAUAUUCCUUUUCUAUAUUUCUAUCUAAUAUUUUUCAGUGAUUAUUGUGUAUUAAAGUUAUCAGUACAAAACAGAUAAAAU